AUGACUCCUCCCGUGAGUGUGCACGGGGACCAUGAUGCUCCUCCUCCCAACGCCAACAACGCCACACUUCGCCCUGCCCUCCGAAACCUCCCGCUGCCGCAAUCGCCACAUCCACGCAAGAGGAACAACAGGGAACAAAAAGAAAAACAAGGAUCUCACCGCAGCCCACCGCACCACUACGAACAGUCGCCUCUCCUUCCCCAACCCCAGCGCACCAUCAUCAUCUUGUCGCUAUUCGUCCCUUCCGCCUCGGCCCUUUUUCACCACCCCCCGCACACCGCGUCAGGCAUCCCCAUGGGGCAGAUGAAUAUACGCCUGGUCAUCUCAAAAUGA